CUGGAAUGCUGGGGGUGGGGUAAAGGGGGGAUGUCUUGCCCCGAUGCCCUAGCCACCCCGAUGUGUACCCCUUCCCCAAUUCUGCAAAUUUCCUGAGGCUCCCACCCGACUGUCUACAGAGCUGGUUGGGGGUGCAGUGGGGGUGGAGGGUGAACUUUCGGGCCCGGAAAGGGGAUCUCUCCGGCCCUAAGAGAGAAUUAUUCGGUCCCUUAGAAAGUCUUAUGGCCCAAAACAGCUGUGGCCCCUCUCGGACUGCAGCUGCUCCCCAGGCUUAUGGGGAAGAGCUGGGGGAUGGGGGUGGUCGCUUUGCUCUAUACUUAGCCUGGAGGAGCCAGGCUAGUGUCUUAUCAUCCAGCUGUAUCAUCAGAGAUUAUUUUUGGGGCUGGCAGCUGCAGGCGUCUGUGACACUCGGGGCCCGAAUGGGGCCGCUGGGGGGUUGGAACUGGAGGUGGGGGAGGGAGGAGGGCCAGGUUGUGGGCAGGGGGCUGAGGGAAGAGGCCGUCAGUUGGGUGGAAGACAAGGCAGUGAGCGGGGAGAGCUGGGCCCCUUGGCGAGACAGUCGGGCAGCCAGACGGAUCUCCCCCCGGCUUUGGACUUCUGAAAGUGGGAGGCCUCAAAAUAGCCUCCCUGGAGUAUUAUCACCCGCUGAGACUGGAGGUGGCCAUGGAAGAGAGCGCUGUUCUUGGGGGUGCCCCUCGCUUCCUUCGGUUCCCAAGGCCCGUGCGGGCGGUGAGUGGCGCCGAUGCCGUGUUGCGGUGCUGCCUUACAGGGGCCCCUGCACCCACGGUUCUGUGGGAGAAGGAUGGGCAGCAGCUGGAGGCUUCCAGCCGUCUGUGUCUCCAGACAGAAGGGACUGAGCAUAGCCUUUUGGUAAGGGAAGUCGGGGCCCCGGACGCUGGAGUUUAUGUGUGCCGGGCCCAAAACUCCUCUGGGGAGGCCUACGCGGCCGCAGCCCUCACAGUACAAGAGCCUUCAGAGGCAGCCCCCGUUCCCUCCGAGGGGUCCCCAGACCUGACCUCUUUGCAGGGUCCCCUUCAUAGAGCCAGGACCCCGAGUUCUUUGGACACGGACUCCACAUUCCUCUCCUCAGACCCGGCCCAGGCCCCCUCCCUUUCACAGGGGCCCCCAGGCUUACCGCUUGAGCCCCUGGAAGGGCCCCCCGUGUUCUUAGAAGGUCCACGCUGUCAGUGGGUGCAGCAGGGUGAGGACGUAGUCUUGGCAUGCCAAGUCGGGGGGCAGCCAGAGCCAGCAGUGCACUGGGAGAAGGACGGGCGGCUCCUGGAGGAUGUCUGGGAGAGCAGUCACUUCUCUCUGACGAGAGGCCCGGCUGGGGACGGGAGCCACGCGCUGCGGAUCAGGGGCAUCCGACUACCAGACGCGGGCGUCUACGUGUGCCACGCAAGCAACGCGCACGGGGGCACGGUGGCCGCUGCCCUGCUCCAGAUCCAGCCCUCUGCAGAGGCCCCUCUGAGCGCGCCCCACCAGGGCCAGAGGGCUUCUGCAGGGCCAGGCCAGGGCCCCGCUGCCCCGAAGAGCUUCUGGGUGAGCGAGGGAAAGCACGCCAAAUUCCGGUGCUACGUGACCGGGAAGCCAGAGCCCGAGACCGAGUGGCACUGGGAAGGCCAGCCGCUGAGCCCCGGGCGCCGACGGCUGCUCUACCGGGACCACGACGGGGGCUUCGUGCUGAAGGUCUUGUACUGCCAGCCGUCCGACUGCGGGCUUUACGUGUGCGCCGCCCGCAACACCGCGGGACACACUCUCAGCGCCGUGCAGCUGCACGUCCGAGAGCCCCGAGUGCGGUUUGCGGUCCCCCUCGAGGACGUGGAGGGUGAAGAAGGUGGAGCCGCCGUGCUAGAAUGCCAGGUGCCCUCCCGGGGCAUCACCACGACCUGGUACCGCGAGGACCAGCGGCUGCUGCCCGGCCCCAAGUACGAGAUGGGGGAGGCAGGGGUCAUGCGGCGCCUCAUCAUCCAUGACCUGGAGGCUGAUGACGACGGCAUUUACCUGUGUGAGAUGCGGGGCCGAGUGCGGACCGUAGCCGCCGUAGCUGUCAAAGGGCCCAUCACAAGGCGGCUGCCAAGGAAGCUAGACGUGCUGGAAGGAGAGAACGCUGUGCUGUCGGUAGAGGUCCGAGGCGCUAAGGCGCUUGGGCGCUGGACUCGAGAUGGCCAGGAAUUGCCGGCUUCGCCCCGGAUCAUCCAAACCAGCUCCAACCACACGCACACUCUGGUGUUGGUGGGGGUCACACGCCAGGAUGCUGGGGUGGUCACCUUCAGCCUGGGCUCUUCCCACACCUCCUCCAGGCUGAGGGUCAAAUGUAUGAAGCAAGUUCCCCCAGGACCCCCAGUUUCAGUCGAGCUGGGCACAGGAUGCAGCAAUGCAGCUCUGCUCAGCUGGAAACCCCCAGUGCCUGCCCCUGACACGGCCUUUACCUACCGGCUAGAACGACAAGAAGUGGGCACAGAUGCCUGGGUCCAGUGCCUCACUACAGAAGCAGCAGGCAUGGUGGAGGUGCCCGGAGAUGGCAUGCCAAAUGAGGGUGACUAUCGCUUCCGACUCUGUGUGGUCAGUGAGCAUGGCCAGAGCCCCUACAUCCUCUUUCCUGGCUCAGUGCACCUGGUGCCUGCAGUUCAGGUGCAAAGAGGACUACAGGAUGUAUGUGUACAAGAAGGGGAUGAUGCUACCUUCUCCCUUGAACUCUCCACCUCGGCGCAAGGCGCCUGGUUUCUGAACGGGGCAGAGCUCAAGGCAAAAGGUCCAGAGAGUGGGUCCAGGGAUGAAGUCCAAGGAUACCUGGUGCAGCAGCAUGGCCCCCAUCACAGCCUACUCCUCCGAGCCACGAGGCCCCGGGACAGUGGGGCCCUCAUCACUUUCCUGUGCCCUGGUGUACACAUCUCUGCCACUCUCCACGUGCAAGAAGCCCCCGUGAGGAUUGUGCUCCCUCAAGAAAAGGUAUCCAUCGAGGCCAAGAGCUUGGAACAGGUGGUGCUCCUAUGUGAAUUGUCCCGGGCUGGAGCUCCUGUGCAUUGGUACAAAGAUGGACUGGAGAUAGAAGAGAGCCAAGCCAUGGUGCUAGAGAAUGAGGGCCUCCAAUGCCGCCUGGUGAUACCAGCUGCCCAACCCCAGCACGGGGGCAAAUUUGUGUGUAAGGCGGGAGAGGACUCGGCUUUCUUUAUGGUCACCAUCAAAGAGCCCCCCGUGAAGAUCCUAUUCCCCCAGGACCAGGUAUGUGUGGCUGCUGAGAGCUCGGAACGGGUGGUUUUAAGCUGUGAGCUGUCCCAGGCUGAAGCCCCUGUGCACUGGUACAAGGACGGAAUGGUGGCAAAGGAGAGUGAAACUCUGCUACUGGAGCGCAAAGGGCUCCACUGCCAUCUGAUUCUGCCUGCAGCCCAGCCCCAGGAUGGGGGCAAGUUUGUGUGCAAGGCAGGAGAUGACCAGGCUGUCUUCCAUGUCACCAUCACAGAGCCCCCAGUCCGGAUCGUACAACCCCAAGAUGAGAUGUUCCUGACUGCUGUGACCUCAGAGAGAGUGGUCCUCAUGUGCCAAGUGUCCCAGCCCAGAGCCUUGGUGGGCUGGUACAAGAAUGGGAUGGAGGUAGAAGAGAGCAAAUAUUUGGUACUGGAGAGUGAGGGACUCCAACACCGUCUCGUGCUGCCUUCUGUAAGGCUCCAGGAUGGGGGCGAGUUUGUCUGCAGCACCAGAGAUGACUCUGCCUUCUUCACACUAACUGUAACAGAUCCUCCGGUGAGAAUUGUAUCCCCCCAGGACAUGAUGUCCUUGGCUUCCCUCAGCUCAGAACGAGUGGUCCUGAAAUGUGAGCUGUCCCGGGCUGGAGUCCCUGUUCGCUGGUACAAGGAUGGACUGGAGGUGGAAGAGAGUAGAACCCUCAUCCUGGAGAAUGAGGGACCCCAUCACCGCUUGAUACUGCCGGCAGCCCAGCCCCAAGAUGGAGGGAAGUUUGUGUGCAAAGCAGGAGAAGACUCAGCCUUCUUCAACGUCACCAUCACAGAGCCUCCAGUGAAAAUCCUGUUCCCCCGAGAUGAGGUGUCUGUGGCUGCCGUGAGCUCAGAGCGGGUGGUUCUGACGUGUGAGCUGUCUCGGGCCGGAGCCCCUGUACGCUGGUACAAGGAUGGGCUGGAGGUAGAGGAGAAUGAGGCCCUGGUUCUGGAGAGUGAGGGCCCCUAUCACCGCCUGGUGUUACCUGCAGCCCAGCCCCAGGAUGGAGGGGAGUUUGUGUGUGAUGCAGGGGAUGACUCGGCCUUCUUCAUCGUCAGUGUCACAGUACCCCCAGAACGGAUCGUGCGUCCAGCUGCCCGCUUCCUACAGCUGCAAUUCAGGUCCCCAGGUCGGGUGGAGCUGCGCUGUGAGGUGGCCCCUGUGGGGGCCCGUGUGUGUUGGUACAAGGAUGGGCUCGAGGUGGAGGCAUCAGAAGAUUUGAAACUGGGGGCUGAAGGCCCAAUCCGGACCCUGACCCUGCCCCAAGCCAGGCCCCAGGACGCUGGAGAGUAUGUCUGUGAGACCCGAGAUGAGGCAGUCUCUUUUGACAUCCGCCUAGCUGAGUCCCCAGUGCAAUUCCUCCUCCCGGAGGCGGCUCCCACUCCGCUGUCUGUGUCCCCCGGGGAGCACUUCAUUCUAAGUUGCGAGCUGUCCAGGGCGAGUGCGCCAGUGUUCUGGAGCCUGAAUGGGAUCCCAGUUGUCGAGGAUGGGAACCUGGAGCUUCGGUCUGAGGGCCCUCGGCGCAUGCUGCUCAUCCGCGCUGCCCACCCUUCUCAUGCUGGGAACUACACGUGCCAGGCUGGGUCUGAGCCCGCAGCCCCUACCCUCACUUUCCCUGUCCAGGUGUCUGAGCCUCCCGUGAAAGUGUUGUCGCCGGAGGCCUCCCGGACUGGGGUUCGAUGCGCCCCAGGCAGGGACCUGGAGCUGGCUGUGUGUCUUUCGGGGCCUGGGGGGGCCGUGCGCUGGUACAAAGACGGGGAGCGGCUGGCCAGCCGGGGGCGGGUGCGGCUGGAGGAGGCCGGGGCACGGCGGGUGCUUCGGGUGCGGGGGGCACGCAGCGGGGAUGCCGGCGAGUACCUCUGUGAUGCCUCCCAGGACAGUCGCAUCUUCCUCGUCUCUGUGGAAGAAAUCCCCCAGGCGAAGCUAGUUUUAGAACUGACUCCACUGACCAUCCAGGAAGGGGAUGAUGCCACAUUCCGGUGUGAGGUCUUCCCAGCAGAUGCUGAGCUCACCUGGCUUCUAAAUGGGACUGCAAUUACCCCCUGCAAUCGGAUAGAAACAAGCCAGAAUGGCCCAAACCACACUCUGACCCUUCGGUGCUGUCAGAUAAGUGACUCAGGCACCGUGACCGCCCAGACGGAGGGUUCCGAGUCUACUGCCAGGCUCCACGUCCGAGAGGCUGAACUGCUGUUUUUGCGAAGGCUCCAAGAUGCCCGUACUGAAGAGGGCCAGGAGCUGUCUAUGGAGGUGGAGACCAGUAGGGUUGGGGGGAAAGGAAUAGUGACCUGGUUACGAGGGGGAAAGCCUCUUCCUGAAGACCCUAGGUUCUCAGUGGUCCAGGAUGGCCGAGUGCAUCGUCUGAUCAUCCACAAAGUCAUGGUGAGUGACCAGGGCAUCUACUGCUGCAAGAGCCACCAUGAUCGCACCCAGGCCCGGCUGCUUGUGAGGCCGGAGCAGCUGAAGGUUCGGCAUCCCCUGGAGGACGUGGUGGUCACUGAAGGGGGCAGUGCCACCUUCCAAUUGGAGUUGUCUCAGUCUGGGGUGACCGGAGAAUGGGCCCGGGGAGGGGUCCGGUUGGAGCCUGGCAGGAACUGCCAGAUCAGUGCCCAGGGUCACAACCACUGCCUGGUACUCAGUGGCCUUGGCCUGGCCGAUACUGGAACCGUGUCCUUCACCACUGAUACCCUUCGCUGUGCUGCACGGCUAGAAGUGAAAGAGAUACCUUUAGCCAUUGUGAAGGGACUCCAGGAUCUCGAAGUGAUAGAAGGUGACUCAGCUACAUUUGAGUGUGAGCUGUCCAGGACCCAGGCGGACCUCACAUGGGAUAAGGACGGCCAGGAACUGUCUCCCAGCCCUCGGCUCCGGAUCCAGGCUCUCGGCUCCCGCCGGCUCCUGCAGCUCCGGUGCUGCGGCCCGAAGGACGCCGGCACCUACAGCUGCUGCGUGGGGAACUCCCAAGCUUCGGCUGCCCGCCUCACUGUGCGGAAGAAGGAGGUGUCAGUGCUCCAGGAACUAAAGCCAGUGAAGGCCCGGGAAGGCGACGGCGCCACCUUCAAGUGUACAGUAUCCCAACCCGGCAUCCCUGGUAGCUGGCAGCUGGGAGGCCGAGUCCUGCGCCCAGGAGGCCGUGUCCGAAUCCGACAGGAAGGGAACCUUCACUCCCUGGCACUGAGUGAGCUGCAGGCUGAAGAUUCUGGGGAGAUCCAGUUCCAGGCUGGACAAGCAAAAUCCUCCACUCAUCUGGAGGUUGAGGUCCUGCCUCUCCAGAUCUGUCGUAGACCUCCUCGAGAGAAGACGGUUUUAGCAGGCCGGAGGGCAGCCUUAGAAGUGACUGUGUCCAGGGGAGGUGGCCAUGUUCGAUGGCUGCUGGGUGGGGUUGAUUUGCCACCUGGACCAAAGUAUGAGUUUCGGAGCCAUGGUGUCACCCACAGUCUGAUCAUUCACAACGUCCAGCCCACUGAUGAGGGCACCUACUGCUGCCAGGCUGGAGAAGACAGUGCCAAUACCAAUCUGCUAGUGGAGAGUAGCUAGAACCAGCCCCAGACACAGAAUGGAUGCCCACGGACAGAUGGGAAACCAAAGAGCUUUGGGUCUGGGGAGCAUGGGGGGACAGGGGAAAUAAACACGGACUAGGAGUCCUUGCAUCCA